CGCGUGUUGAGUCAUUUCCGCCACACAACCGAAACAGGAAGCGUGUUGCCGACUGAAUAAAAUACCGGUUUUUCGCUGCUAAUUCGUACAGUCGAAGAAGUAAUUCAAGAUGAACGACAAGGAACGAAACGUACAAUGGGCCAAGUUGGCUGAACAAGGUGAACGUUUCGAUGACAUGGCGAAAGCCAUGCGAGAGGUUGUCGAAAACCUCGGAGAGGCUGAACUUAGCGUUGAAGAGAGAAACCUGUUGUCAGUAGCUUACAAAAAUGUUGUUGGUGCUAGGCGUUCGUCAUGGAGAAUGUUUUCUAUGAUUGAAGCUAAGGAGAAGGAUGCUGAAACGAUGAAAGCACAGCUGACGAAGAAGUUUCGUGAUAUGAUCGAGGAAGAGCUGGACAAAAUCUGUGGUGAGGUUUUGGACCUGUUGGAGAAAUACCUGAUCCCUAAUGCUAACUCCUCAGAAAGCAUGGUUUUCUACCUGAAAAUGAAAGGUGAUUACUACCGGUACAAGGCUGAGUACACUCACGAAAAGAUGAAAGACGAGGUGAUGGGCAAGGCUGAGGCAUCCUACAACAGUGCCAUGGAAAAUGCCAAGCAAAAUAUGCCGCCAACUCAUCCAAACCGACUGGGAUUGGCUUUGAACUUUUCAGUGUUUUAUUAUGAAAUUCAAAAUGCUCCGGACAAAGCAUGCCAUCUUGCAAAAAGUGCUUUUGAUGACGCAAUCGCUGAACUUGAUAGUUUAAGUCAAGAAUCUUACAAAGACAGUACACUGAUCAUGCAGUUAUUGCGGGACAACCUGACGCUGUGGACCUCGGACAACCAGCAAGAAGAUCAGCAGGUUGAAAACUGAGCUGAUCCUGCAAAUGCUUGAACAUUUUAUUGUUGGAAUUUUUAAGGCAAAGCUUACCUAUUUGAAGUCCACAUUUGUGAUCAUUUUUUACAGAACGGGUUAUUUGUUAACAUUGUGACUAGUUGAUUGUUGUGAUUUACAAGCGAGUGAUUUAAUCAUGAUAAAGGAGAUGAUGCAGGGUUGUUAUCAGUAGAGAACAAAUAUUUUAUUUGACAUUGUUGGUUUAAAACUCACUUUUUUCAAUGCAAAUCUUGGUAACAUCGUAAAAUAUUUAUUGUUUGAAUCAUAUGUUGUUGUUUUUUUAAACAUUUUUUUUUAUUUUGCACUACACAUAUUGUCAAAUUGUAUAAGGUACAAGCAUACAGUUAAAUUGUUAGUUUUUGUGCUGUCAGAAUGUGUUCAGUUAUGAUGUAAAUUAGUAAUCACAGCAGAUAAGCAUCUUCAAUCCACUUGCUUUUAGAGUGCUUCAUGUUAUUGUUAACCAUUUUUGUAUUCUUUAAUUAGAGUAAAAUAUCUUUGGUAAAUGUCUGUUUUUGUAUUUUCAUUAAAAAUAAAAUUGACAUGAACGGGUGCCUCAGUGCAUUACCAAGCAAUAGUUGUUUAGUGUGGAAUUGAAAUUAUCUUGAAGAAAUAAACCCAGCAUAAUUGGAGGAUUUAAUAAUCAGUAGGAGUACUAAGGUGCAGAAAUUCCAUGUCACUUAAAGAAAUGUCAUUUUAUAAAGAAUGUUAUGUGCUUUAGUUAUUUUUUAAAUUUUCACAAAAAAUACUGCUUUUAUAUGAUAUAUAAAACUGCAAAACAA